AUAACAAUGUCGAUAUCCCUAAUCUGGAGCACCCUGUCGAUGAUACGGAAGAUGAUUAUGAAGAUGGUUCGAAACCCUCUCCAGAACUAAUGAGGUUAGUGGAGCAAGAGUCUAAAGAAAUAAAACCCUAUCAGGAGGAUGUCGAAAUACUCAACUUGGGUGAGGAAGACGAGAUUAAAGAAGUAAAAAUCGGUACUACCAUGAAAGAGGAGGUAAGAGAAAGGUUGCGUGUCCUAUUGAAGGAAUUUAAGGACGUGUUUGCUUGGUCGUACAAUGAUAUGCCUGGUUUGGAUACCGAUAUCGUGCAGCAUAAACUCCCUCUUAAGCCCGAAUGCCUCCCGGUCAAACAGAAGCUAAGAAGAAUGAAGCCUGAGAUGUCUUUGAAAAUCAAGGAAGAGGUGCAGAAGCAAUUUGAUGCAGGGUUUUUGGCUGUGGCGAAAUACCCGCAAUGGGUGGCGAAUAUCGUACCAGUACCCAAGAAAGAUGGUAAAGUUCGAAUGUGCGUUGACUACCGUGAUUUGAAUCGUGCAAGUCCAAAAGACAACUUCCCACUACCGCACAUCGACACUCUAGUCGAUAAUACAGCCAAGUUUUCGCUAUUUUCGUUCAUGGAUGGUUUCUCAGGAUAUAACCAGAUCAAGAUGGCGCCAGAAGACAUGGAAAAGACAACCUUUAUCACACUGUGGGGAACUUUUUGUUAUAAGGUGAUGUCCUUUGGGCUCAAGAAUGCCGGGGCAACAUAUCAAAGGGCGAUGGUGGCACUUUUUCAUGACAUGAUGCACAAGGAAAUCGAAGUUUAUGUGGAUGACAUGAUUGCAAAGUCCGAAUCGGAAGAAGAGCACAUUCUCAACUUGAAGAAAUUAUUUGAGAGAUUGAGAAAGUAUAAACUCAGGUUAAACCCCGCCAAAUGCACGUUUGGAGUGAAAUCUGGGAAAUUGUUGGGUUUUGUGGUUAGCCAAAAGGGGAUAGAAGUGGAUCCUGAUAAGGCGCGAGCGAUAAUAGAAAUGCCUGCGCCUAGAACAGAAAAGGAGGUUCGAGGUUUUCUGGGUAGAUUGAACUACAUUGCUAGAUUCAUCUCCCAAUUAACCGCUACAUGUGAACCAAUGUUCAAGUUGUUACGAAAGGAUCAAGCUGUAGUUUUGAAUGAGGACUGUCAAGCCGCUUUUGAAAAGAUCAAACGAUACCUGCAGGACCCUCCCGUAUUACGUCCACCUGAACUAGGAAGACCACUCAUUUUGUAUUUGACUGUGUUGGAUAAGUCAAUGGGCUGUGUGUUGGGUCAGCACGAUGAAGCUGGGAAGAGAGAGCACGCUAUAUACUACUUGAGCAAGAAAUUCACAGACUGCGAACAAAGAUAUACGUCGUUAGAACGAACUUGUUGUGCAUUGGCGUGGGCUGCUCAUCGCUUAAGGCAAUACAUGUUGAGUCACUCAACCUGGUUGAUAUCCAAGGUAGACCCUAUCAAGUUCAUUUUUGAAAAGCCUGCUCUUACUGGAAGGAUAGCUCGGUGGCAGAUGCUGUUGUCAGAAUAUGACAUCGUGUAUGUUACUCAGAAAUCCGUCAAGGGUAGUGCGUUAGCAGAAUACCUGGCUCAUCAACCCAUCAGCGAUUAUCAGCCAAUGCAGCCCGAAUUUCCCGAUGAAGAUAUUAUGGCUCUAUUUGAAGAAGGCAGAAAAAACCGAGACGAAGAAACGUGGACAUUAUUAUUCGAUGGAGCCUCGAAUGUGAUGGGGCAUGGCAUAGGGGCAGUUCUCGUCUCUCCAGAGCAGCAGUACAUACCAAUGACAGCAAGGUUAUGUUUUAAUUGUACAAAUAACAUUGCAGAAUACGAGGCCUGCGUUAUGGGUAUUCGGGCGGCAAUAGAGUUCAAAGUAAAAAUUUUGGAUGUGUAUGGAGAUUCAGCUUUGGUCAUCCACCAGUUGAAGGGAGAGUGGGAAACCAGGGACGCAAAAUUAAUUCCUUACCAAGCUUACAUCAGAGGAUUAAUGGAGUAUUUCGAUGCCGUCACAUUUAACCAUAUACCGCGAGAAGAUAAUCAAUUAGCAGACGCAUUGGCUACUUUGUCAUCAAUGUUUGAAGUCGACCAAAAUGCAGAAUUGCCAAUGAUUGAAAUGAAGAGCCAUGCAGAGCCAGCGUAUUGUCACUUCAUCGAAGAGGAGGUGGAUGGUAAACCUUGGUAUUUUGAUAUCAAGCAUUAUCUUAAGACCCGAGAAUACCCUGAGAAAGCAUCUGAAAAUGAUAAAAGGUCGUUAAGGAGGUUGGCUGGCAGCUUUAUUUUAAACGGGGAUAUUUUAUACAAGAGAAAUCAUGACAUGGUUCUCCUCAGAUGUGUGGAUGCAAAGGAAGCCGAAUUGUUAUUGAAAGAAGUGCACGAAGGUACAUUUGGCACACACAUGAAUGGGCAUUCAAUGGCCAGGAAGAUCUUGAGAGCUGGUUAUUUCUGGUUGACCAUGGAAAAUGAUUGUUGUACACACGUGAGGAAGUGCGAAAAAUGUCAAAUGUAUGCAAACAAUAUCAAUGUGCCGCCCACGACCUUGAACGUGUUGUCUGCGCCGUGGCCAUUUUCGAUGUGGGGGAUAGAUGUUAUCGGAGCUAUAGAGCCAAAAGCGUCAAAUGGACACCGUUUCAUACUAGUCGCGAUCGAUUACUUCACCAAGUGGGUUGAGGCUGCUUCUUAUGCCAACGUGACUAGAAAGGUAGUGACCAAAUUCAUAAAAAAGGAGUUGAUCUGCAGAUACGGGUUACCUAACCAGAUUAUCACUGAUAAUGCCACCAACCUGAACAACCAGAUGAUGGCGGGGUUAUGUGAGGAGUUCAAAAUUCAUCAUCUCAAUUCUUCCCCUUACCGUCCAAAGAUGAAUGGGGCAGUAGAGGCUGCUAAUAAAAAUAUCAAGAAAAUUGUGCAAAAGAUGGUAGUCACCUAUAAAGAUUGGCACGAAAUGCUUCCUUUUGCUUUACAUGGAUAUCGUACAUCAGUACGAACGUCAACUGGGGCAACACCUUUCUCGCUUGUGUAUGGCAUGGAAGCAGUACUUCCAUUUGAGCUGGAAAUCCCAUCUCUACGAGUUUUAAUGGAAACCCAAUUGGAGGAAGCUGAGUGGGUUCAAACUCGGUUCGACCAGCUCAAUCUCAUCGAAGAAAAGAGACUAACAGCGGUGUGCCACGGACAAUUGUACCAAAGAAGAAUGAAAAAAGCUUUCGACAAAAAGGUGCGCCCAAGGGAGUUCCACGAAGGCGAACUGGUGUUAAAGAAGAUUUUGCCUAUACAAAAGGAUCACAGAGGCAAGUGGACCCCAAAUUAUGAAGGACCAUUUGUAGUAAAAAGGGCAUUCUCUGGAGGGGCACUAAUCCUCACAAGGAUGGAUGGAGAGGAGUUACCUUUACCGGUUAAUUCUGAUGCAGUAAAAAAUUUUACGCGUGAUGAUUCCGCGAUAGGGGAUGCUACUAAGGGAUAUUAA